AUGGUGAGUCCAGCGGGCUCCAGCCACCGCACCCCCUGGGCCUUCAGCCUCAUGGCCACCCCGCCCUCCUGCCAUGGUGUUGGGCCUGGAGCUUCAAGCAAAGCCUCGGGCCUCCUCCUCCUGCUGCUGCUCCUUCUGCCCCACAGGCACCGAGACAGCCAAGGGAUCACCUUGAGCCAGGAUGUGGCCUGUGGCCAGCGUCACAUGCAGGGGAAGGUCGUAGGGGGCGUGGACGCCCCUGAGGAGAAGUGGCCGUGGCAGGUCAGCGUGCACUAUGGGGGCUUCCACGUCUGCGGUGGGUCCAUCCUCAAUGAGUACUGGAUCCUGACAGCAGCCCACUGCUUUAGCAAGGACAGGCGCACUGAGGCAUUUGAUAUGUACGUGGGCCUUGUGGACCUCAAGCUCGCAGGCCAUCAUACCCAGUGGUUUGAGGUGAAUAAGAUUAUUAUGCAUCAUACAUAUGAAGUGUUCCACCCUAUUGGAGGUGACGUCGCUCUGGUGCAGCUGAAAAGUCCAAUUGUAUUUUCUGACUCUGUACUCCCCAUCUGCAUUGCAACCCCAGACAUGAACCUUGAGAACCUUACCUGCUGGGUUACAGGAUGGGGACUCAUCUCCCAAACAGGUGACUCCUCAGACCACCUGCAGGAGGUGCAGAUGCCUCUGAUCCCGUUUGCCUUGUGCCAGUUGCUUUAUGGACAGACAUCAUACAUUCUGCCAGACAUGAUAUGUGCCGGGGACCUCAGGAACCUGAAGACUGCCUGCGAGGGUGAUUCUGGGGGCCCACUCGUCUGUGAAUUCAACCACGUCUGGGUGCAAAUUGGAAUAGUGAGCUGGGGCCGCGGUUGCAUGUUCCCUAUGUAUCCUGCAGUUUUUGCUCGAGUCUCCCAUUUCUCCAUAUGGAUCCAUCAUCAGAUAGCACUCACACCCCUACCUCCUCAGCCGCUCCCCACCCUUUCCUCCUCUCUAGGGGCCUCCAUCCAUGUCCUGAUGACCAUGAUGGCCUUCCUGACAAUGUUGUGAGGGCAAGGCCCCUACCCUGGCUUCCUCGUGCUGCAUGCCUUGGGCCCUGCUCAUCUCAGCCCCUCAAGUCUCCAGGCAUCUGAGUGAGGUGAGGGCAGCCAGCCAGGCCAAUUCCGGGUCAGAAAGGGGCUGAGCCAGGGCCACACCCCAAG